UUCGGCAUCAGUAUUCGUAUCAACAGCUCACAGACUGGAGUACUUGACGAAUCACUGAACAAUAACGAUGGACAAAAACGCUCCCAAGAUAGCGAUUGUCGGAGCCGGGGUCGUGGGUCUGACAGUUGCUGAUAUUUUACAGAAGGACCUCAAUAAAGCGAACAUAACUGUGAUAGCCGAUAAAUUCAAGGAGGACACCACAAGUUCCGUUGCCGCUGGUAUUUUUUGCCCGGGAUCGAGUUUUAGAGGUGCAACGUUAGAAAUUGCACAUAGAUGGAUCGAAGAUUCGUGGUAUUACUGGCAAGAUAUAUUGAAAACACCUGAAGCAUCAACUGCUGGUAUCAUGGAGUUAUCUAGCUAUGUAUUUUCGAAAGAAGACUACGGCGUUACUAGAAAUUCUUUCAUUGAAAAUCUAGUUCCGAUCUACAGAUCAGUUCAAGGUGAAGAGUUAAAAAUCUGUGGCCCAGACUGGAAAUACGGAUCGUAUUUUACAACAGUGAAGAUAGGAUGCGACAGAUAUUUGCCGUGGGUCGAAAAGAGAUUCAUUGCUAAAGGUGGCAAGAUUGUGAACGGAAAGAUCGAUAGUUUCACGGAUACAUCACUACGCCAGUACGACUUGGUUUUCAACUGCACCGGUUUGGGCGCGAAAUAUUUGUGUAACGAUUCCAACAUAUUCCCAAUGCGUGGUCAGGUUAUUAGAGUUAAGGCGCCAUGGUUGAAGACGGCUUUCUUUGGCGAUUAUGAUACUUAUAUAAUACCCGGUUUGGAUGGUGUAGCCACAUUAGGCGGCGUGAGACAAUAUGAUACUUAUAAUUUAAAAGUUUGUAAGCACGACGCGGCGGCCAUUUUGGAUCAGUGUAGCCAGAUGUUGCCAGAUUUAAAAAAGGUUGAAAUUGUUGCCCAUAAAGUGGGGUUGAGACCGCAUAGAGUGCCGGUGCGGGUGGAGCCUGAGUUAAUUGGUGGUCUGAAGGUAGUUCAUUGUUAUGGACACGGCGGAAACGGGGUGAUGUCAGCUCCAGGUACUGCUUUGAAUGCUGUGAAAAUAGGAUACGACUUUUUGAAGACGAACGUCAAAAACAAAAUAUAAUAAAUAUAAUGGGUAAUCAAAAUAUUGAUUAGCUCACAUUAUCACGUCAUAUUAUCGUAUAGUUAUAUCUUUUUUA